UCCAUGGAGGGACCGGGGGGGGAGCCCCCGGGCACCGCCGCUCACCGAGGGUCCCGCGGGCUCCGGGAGCCUCCUCCGAGCGGGCUCCGGCGCAAGCGGCUGCCCAGACCGGGCUCCGGGACCCUCCGAUGGGGCUUUGCCGGGCUCCUGGAACUCCCGACGGGACUUUGCGGUCGGAUUCAGCCGGGCUACGGGACCUUCAAACGGAGCUCUGCAGUGGCGUUCAGCAGGGCUCCGGGACGCUCCGACCGGGAUCCGCUGCGGGGCUCCGCCGGGCUCCGGGACGCUCCGCCGGGGCUCUGCUGCGGGGCUCAGCCGGGCUCCGGGACCCUCCGCCGGGGCUCUGCUGCGGGGCUCAGCCGGGCUCCGGGACCCUCCGCCGGGACUUUGCGCUGCGGUUCAGCCGGGCUCCGGGACGGGGCUCCGGGACCCCCAGCCGGGGCUCCGCUGAGGGCUGCGGGGCAGCCACCUCUCUCCGUCGGGGCUCGGCUCCGCUCCGCAGCCGGGCUCCGCUGCUGCGCUCCGGGACCCUCCUCCGAGCGCCACGGCUCUGCGCUCGGGCCGGGCGGGCUCCGCCGCUGCCUGCGGCCGGUUCCCAAUGGCGAGGAGCGGGCAGCGCCCUGCCCGCCCCUUCCUGCCUCCCCUGGCACCUGCCCCGGCCCCACCUCCCCGGGCUCCGAGCCUUCUCCUGCCUCCUCCUCCUCCCGCCGGGACACGGCGCCCUGGGGGCGGGGGCCGCUCCCCUGCCCGCCCCUACCCGUGACCGGCGCCGCCGCCGCCGGGAGCUCAAUGGAACUCGCCGCUUUUUAUACGGGGAAAACGAGGCACGGCCCCGCCUGCUGAGGCGAGGCUAAGCGC